AUCAGCAGCACCAGUCUGGUCGACCACUUUCUCUCCCCAACAGGUGACUGCGGGGAGGCCGGCCGCCAGCCAGAUGUGGUGCGGAAGAACCAGGGCCUUGCUCCGGGUGUCGGGGUUAUGGCCGACAGGGGUGCUCGGGAGGAGACCGCUAAACUGCAGUGCUGCGUCACUGGCGGGAAGCAACUCCCCCCGGUGUUGGAACUGCGGCGGCCUAGGGGGCCCCUUGCGGGGGGACCGGUUCUUCUGCCCUCAGUGCCGCGCGCUGCAGCCACCUGACCCCACGCGAGACUACUUCAGCCUCAUGGACUGCAACCGCUCCUUCAGAGUUGACACUGCAAAGCUCCAGCAUAGGUACCAGCAACUACAGCGUCUUAUCCACCCAGAUUUCUUCAGCCAGAGGUCUCAGACUGAAAAGGAUUUCUCAGAGAAGCAUUCGACCCUUGUUAAUGAUGCCUAUAAGACUCUUCUGGCCCCCCUGAGCAGGGGACUAUACCUUCUAAAGCUCUGUGGAGUAGAGAUUCCCGAAGGGACAGAUUAUGAAAUGGACAGUCAAUUCCUCAUGGAAAUAAUGGAAAUCAAUGAAAAACUUGCAGAAGCUCAAGGUGAAACUGCCAUGAAAGAGAUGGAAUCUAUUGUCAGAGCUAAACAGAAAGAAUUGACUGACAAUGUGAGCAGAGCUUUUGAAAGAGGGGACACGGAUUUGAGCCCUGGUCCAGGAAGAUCCCACAUGCCGUGGAGUAACUACUGAGCACCACAACUACUGAGCCUGUGUUCUAGAGCCCACGAGCCACAACUACUGAGCCUGCGUUCUAGAGCCCAUGAACCACAACUACUGAGCCUGCUUACCACAACUGCUGAAGCCCGCGCACCUAGAGCCCAGCUCUGCAACAAGAGAAGCGACUGCAAUGAGAAGCCUGUGCACCACAACGAAGAGUAGCCCCUGCUCACCACAACUAGAGAAAGCCCAUGCACAGCAACGAAGAUCCAACACAGCCAAAAAUAAAUAAAUAAGUUUAGAAAAAAAGAAACAAACCAAAAUACAAACCUGUGCAGAAAAUAUGAUUUCAAUUAUGUGAAGAUGGUUGCACUUAAGAAAUUAAUGAAAGGGACAAGAUCAAAAUAUUAACUAUGCUGAAGACCUAAAUAAACGUUUCUCCAAAGAAGACAUACAGAUGGCCAAGAGGCACAUGAAAAGAUGCUCAACAUCACUAAUUAUUAGAGAAAUGCAAAUCAAAACUACAAUGAGGUAUCACCUCACACCGGUCAGAAUAGCCAUCAUCAAAAAAUCUACAAACAGGGAUUUCCCUGGUGGCGCAGUGGUUACAAAUCCACCUGCCACUGCAGGGGACACGGGUUCGAGCCCUGGUCCGGGAAGAUCCCACAUGCCGUGGACCAACAAAGCCUGUUUGCCACAACUAUUGAGCCUGUGCUCUACAGCCCGAGAGCCACAAUUACUGAGCCCGCGUGCCUAGAGCCUGUGCUCUGCAACAAGAGAAGCCACUGCAGUAAACAUCCCGCGCACCACAACAAAGAGUAGCCCCCGCUCGCUGCAACCGGAGAAAAGCCCGCAUGCAGCAAUGAAGACCCAACUCAGCCAAAAAUAAAAUAAAUUAAAAAAAAAAAACUAUCUACCUGCACACCUGCCAGAUUUCCCAGAGCAGAAUGCCUCAUUCCUGAUCUCUGCCCUGAACUCCCUUCAGAGUGUGUUGAAAGUCAGCUAUUGCAGUGGCUAAUGACCUAAUCCUUAUAAAGCCGGAUGGUGAGUGACAUUCUUUAGUUAGUAUUUGAUUUAGGCAUCAAGGUAACACUGGCCUCUUAUAAUGGAUUGGGAAAAUUUCCCUCCUCUUCUAUUUGCUGGAAGAGUUUGUAAAGUAUUGCUGUUAAUUUUUCUUUAAAUAUUCAGUAGAUUUCACUGGUGAAGCCAUGUGGACCUGGUCUUUUCUUUGUAGGAAGAUUGUUAAUUACUAAUUCAGUCUCUUAUUAUAGGUCUGUUCAAAUUUUCUAUUUCUUCUCAAAUCAGUUUUAAUUUGUCUUUCUAUGAAUUUAUCCAUUUCAUAUAAAUUAUCUAAUUUGUUGGCAUACAUUUGUUUAUGAUUUUCCCUUAUAAUUCCCUCUUUCAUUCCUAAUUUUAUUAAUUUGAGUCUUUGCUUUCUGUGUCUUGAUCCAUCUAGCUAAAGGUUUGUCAGUUUGUCAGUUGUGUUAGUCUUUUCAAAGAAUCAACUUUUAGUUUCCUUGAUUUCUCUCUAUUUUUUUCUACUCUUUAUUUCAUUUAUUUCUGCUCUAAUCUUUAUUAUUUCCUCCCUUCUGCUUGCUUUGUAUUUAGUUUACUCUUCCUUUUUCUAGUUUCUUAAGGUGGAAGUGUUUAUAGCUAAAUUUCCCUCUAGGCAUUGCUUUUACUGAAUUCCAUAAGUCUUGGUAUAUUGUAUUUUUGUUUUCAUUCAUCUCAAAGCAUUUCCCAGUUUCCCCUUGGAUUUCUUUUUCACCCUUUGGUUCUACUAGGGGUUUUGGGUUUUGUUUUCUUUUUCUACUAGGUUUUUAAAAUAAAUUUAUUUUAUUUAUUAUUUUUGGCUGUGUUGGGUCUUCGUUGCUACGUGUGGGCUUUCUCUAGUUGCAGCAAGUGGGGCUUCUCUUGUUGCAGUGAGUGGGGCUUCGC